GUGGGUUUUUAAAAGUGGUCAUUAAACGAAGAAAGAUUGAAAGAUGAAAAGUUGGUUGUUGUUAACUGUCGGUGUUGUUUUCACCACUUCGAUCUGCUGUGUCGAUGUAAAGAAAUGUAUCUUUUAUCCAUGUCCUGAUAUAACCGGCUGUGAAGAGGUCUAUGAUGGAGGGUGUUGCGACAGGUGUGCAAAGAAGAAAGGGGAAGAAUGUGGAGGUCAUUUGUUAACGAGAUGUCAGACUGGAUUGGUUUGUUCGAAAGGUUUUGGAACAGUUGUCGGAAAAUGCGUGUGUCCACCACCAUGCGAGGGUGUCACUUGUCCAUACAGUCAUAUAAUUACAAACACUCUGGACAAACAUGGAUGUCGUGGAUGUAAAUGCAGCACAGAGUGUCCGGAAGUAAAAUGUUCUCCUUGUCGAUAUGGCUACCUUCGUGACAGUAAUGGAUGCAACAGAUGUGUUUGUCGACCCAAACCAUGUCCAAAACAAACGUCGCCAUUAUGCCACCAGUAUUGUCCUUAUGGUAACGCCCUCGACUUUUUUGGCUGCGAGCUGUGUAAAUGCAGGACCCGAAAAUGUCAGACAAUGAUGUAUUGUAACAAGUAUUGUCCGUAUGGUUAUCAUAUCAGCGAUGGAUGCAAGACGUGCUACUGUAGAUCGAAAUGGUCCAUCAAAAACGCCAACUAGUUAUUCUAUCAACAACAACAAAGUAAAUAUACCAAAAAGAGAUUUGUAAACAAAUUUGAGACUUAAAAUUUAUAUAUUUGCAUGUACACCUUAGUUAAUGUUAAUCAAAUUAUGAAAAACCAAAAAUGAUAAA